UUUGUCCCAUAUUUUUACCUGAUUCCCUUGUGCUUUUUUGAAAGAAGUAACGGGAGUGAAAAUAAGCAGCUAUGAUGCAAAGCCAACACCAAGUAAACAAAGAAGACGACGACGGCCCGCCACCUGGUUGGCAACCUAUUCCCCCACCGCAACGUCCACGGCCACCGCCACCGUCACUCCCAUCCGGUUUUGCUCAAAUGGUUUGUGGUUCUUGUCGCCGCCUGCUUUCGUAUCCACCAGGUGCCAAACAUGUCAAAUGUUCAUGCUGUCAGACAGUCAACAUUGUAUUAGAAGCUGAUCAGGUUGGACAAGUUAAGUGUGGGAGUUGUGCAGUAUUGCUAAUGUACCCAUAUGGUGCUCCACAAGUUAGGUGUUCAUCAUGCCGGUUUGUGACAGAAAUCGGGACAACAAGCGGCCUCCAUGGUCUGUACAACAAAGUAAACCAACUCCUCCCAAAGCUGGUUGUUAGCGACCUGUCCAUUGUCCUAUUAACUGGGUCAUCCUUGUAUAACAAAUUAUGAAUGGGGAUUCUUGUGCAAAGAGUUGUAUAGAUCUUAAAUUUGCUAUAUGUAUGGAAUAACUUGUCAAUGUCAAGUUUUGGAAGUAAUUUAAAGAGUUUUUGACAA